AUGAAGUUACCUUCAACGUUGUUGGCUUUGACAGCCAUACUAACGCUCUAUGCACCUGCAGUGUCAGCGUGCAAUUUCGGUCUUGGAAGUCGUGUUAGAGGUGAAAAUGUGCUGGCUACAAUUACAGUUACAAAGCGAGCAAACGAAGGUCCAGAAAACCUGAUCAUGCAGCUUGACUAUAAAGCUUCUCCACUGAUUAACCAGGAGAUUACCUAUGCCGCUAUCCGGACAGAAUCAUCGACUUCCUGCAGGUUUUCCUAUCCUGCGACCAAUAACAGCAAACGUGUGCAAGCAACACUUGAAAGUACUGUCCCGAUAUCAGAAAUGGUUGUGACCAUGACAGUGUACGGGUUUAACUGGGCUUAA